CUCUCACCUACAUUCAGAUCUGUCCAUCUUCAGAUUGGGGUCAAUGAGCUCGGCGAGGGAAAAGACUAAAGCUCUUUAAAUGCAGCAUUGCGCAGUGUACACUACAUGGAAAAUGUGAUCCUGUUGACUACAGUGGGAAGCACCUCCACCUUAAAUCUCAGAGCAGAUGACCUCUCCAUCCUUUGGAUGCCGUCUGUCCUUGUUCUUCAUUGGCCCUGCCAGCCCAGGUGGUCAGAGACUUCCCCGAAAUCCCCCUAAGACUCAAUUCAGUAGGUCACCGAAGCAAAGCGGGAGCCAGUUGAGGUGCGAGCCGCAUUGUUGAAGGCAUCUGAAGGCCUCUAUAGGCAAACAAGUGGUCUUCCAGAAGGACUUUUUAUUAGGUCACAAGAGUCAGGAUGGGGGCCGGCGCGAGUGCCGAGGAGAAACACUCCAGAGAGCUGGAGAAGAAGCUGAAAGAAGAUGCAGACAGAGACGCCAGGACAGUCAAACUUCUGCUGCUAGGUGCUGGUGAAUCAGGAAAAAGCACAAUUGUCAAACAGAUGAAAAUUAUUCAUCAAGAUGGUUACUCCCUUGAAGAAAGCAUGGAGUUCGUUGUUAUCAUCUACAGCAACACUUUGCAGUCUAUCUUGGCCAUCGUGAGGGCCAUGACCACACUCAAUAUGUCAUAUGGAGAAGCUGCUGCACAGGAUGAUGCCAGGAGGCUGAUGCACUUAGCUGACACCAUCGAGGAAGGCUCAAUGCCCAAAGAGUUAGCUGACAUCAUCGUAAGGUUGUGGAAGGACUCUGGUAUUCAGUUAUGCUUUGAUAGAGCCUCAGAAUACCAGCUCAACGACUCUGCUGGAUACUAUCUGAAUGACCUGGAAAGAUUGAUCCAGCCUGGCUAUGUCCCUACUGAGCAGGACGUACUGCGUUCAAGAGUCAAGACCACUGGUAUCAUCGAGACCCAGUUCUCUUUCAAGGACCUCAACUUCAGGAUGUUUGAUGUGGGUGGUCAGCGUUCCGAGAGGAAGAAGUGGAUCCACUGCUUUGAAGGCGUGACCUGUAUCAUCUUCAUUGCUGCUCUGAGUGCAUACGACAUGGUGCUAGUGGAGGACGAUGAAGUAAACCGAAUGCAUGAGAGUCUUCACCUGUUCAACAGUAUCUGUAACCAUCGCUACUUCGCCGCCACAUCCAUCGUACUGUUCCUCAACAAGAAGGAUGUUUUCCUGGAGAAGAUCAAGAAAGCUCAUCUGAGCAUGUGCUUCCCUGACUAUGAUGGUCCCAACACCUUUGAAGAUGCCGGUACCUACAUCAAGAUGCAGUUCUUGGAUCUGAACUUGCGGCGGGACAUCAAAGAAAUUUACUCCCAUCUGACCUGCGCCACAGACACAGAGAACGUCAAGUUUGUGUUUGAUGCCGUAACAGACAUUAUCAUCAAGGAAAAUCUCAAGGACUGCGGUCUCUUUUAAAAGAGAGAGGCUCAGCUUCUUGAACAACACCCAAUCAUAAACCCCUGGCCCUUGCC